CAACCACUCUAUAUCAUCAACUCAACUCUGAGAAAGGCGAAAGCAAAGCAAGCAGAAAAUGGCAGCCUCAGCAUCAUCCAUGAUGAUAUCAAGUACCCAUCAUCGUGCCUUAUCAUCGCCCACCAUCCACCAGAAGCCAUCAAGCGUGUGCUUCCAGGGUCUGAGGCAGCUCACAAUUAGAAGGAGCUUGUCAAGCAGCAGCGGCGUGAGAAGGGUGGUUCCUCCACGUGGCGGCGUGAGAGCUGAGCUGAGCCCAGCUCUGGUGAUAAGCCUGAGCACUGGGCUGUCGCUGUUCUUGGGGAGGUUCGUGUUCUUCAACUUCCAGAGGGAGAACGUGGCCAAGCAAGGAUUGCCGGAGCAGAACGGGAUCACGCACUUCGAGGCUGGUGACUCGCGUGCCAAGGAGUACGUCAGCAUCCUCAAAUCCAACGAUCCUGUGGGAUUCAACCUUGUUGAUGUAUUGGCUUGGGGAUCCCUCGGCCACAUCGUUGCUUACUACAUCUUGGCCACCUCCAGCAAUGGCUAUGAUCCUAGUUUCUUUCCUCAAUGAGUCAAAUACAUCCAUUUCUUAUUUAUAUUCUCUCUCAUCUCCUACUCAUCUAUGUAUAUCUUUCUACUUCUUCAUUAUCAACUGCUAGCUUAUUUA